CAUGAACACAUGCGGCAGAUGAUGAGAAGCUUCUGUGAUCCUUUUGGCCGAGACCCGUUUCGCAGCAUAACAGAUGGUGGGGAGAGAGCAGAUCGAAGAGCACGCCAGGACACUCAGGUUGCUCCAAGAGGAAAUGGCAGAGCAAUGAGCUGUUCCCUCAUGCCCUUUGCAGGCUUUGGUAGAGUGCAGGAUGCAGAUUUUGGGGAGUCUUUUUUUGCAAUGGACAGAAUGAUGUCAAACAUGAGGAACAGUAUGCUGGAAAUGCACAGAAAAUUUGAUGACCUGUCCAUCAAUCCAGAUGCACACACAUUCAGCUCCUCCUCUGUGAUGACAUACUCCAAAAGAGGGGAUGAGCCACCAAAAGUUUUCCAAGCUUCAUCUCAGACACGCACAGCUCCAGGAGGUGUUAAGGAGACAAGAAAAGCACUUAGGGAUUCUGAAAGUGGACUGGAGAAAAUGGCUGUUGGUCAUCAUAUUAAUGAUCGUGCUCAUGUCAUUAAAAAAUCAAAGAACCACAAGACUGGGGAUGAAGAAAUGAACCAAGAAUUUGUCAACCUGGAUGAAACUGAUGCCCAGGCUUUCAAUGAAGAGUGGCAGAAGGAGAUUAUGAGGUUCAAGCCAUCAAGAACUAGAAGCACUUUAGAAGCUCCCAAGUACAGAAGUAUUCAUCACAUACCCAAGGAAAAUGAAGGAAGAAGAGAGAAACCACGUGCAGCUGUGGGUUUCAGGGAGCCCAGAGAGAAUCUCAGUGUGAAAGGAACCCAAGUUCGCAUCAAAAGCAGCAAAAAAUAA